CGUGAGAAGGUUCUCACGCGGUGAUUGGCUGGGGCGGGGCGAGGGCGGGGCAGAAGCCCCUGAGAGGUUCCGUGCCCCUAGUCCGGCCGCUUGUUUGGCUGCUGCCGUCACCUCAUGGCGACGGGGGUAGAGGAGGCAGCGCGGGGAAGAGGCGGCGGCGUUGAGGAGGCUGUUGAGGGCGGACGGGGCGGACGGCAACGCAGCCCGCGGCAGAAGUUUGAAAUUGGCACAAUGGAGGAAGCUGGAAUUUGUGGGCUAGGGGUGAAAGCAGACAUGUUGUGUAGCUCUUCUUCAGCAAAUGAUAUUCUUCAACAUCAAGACUCCAGCUGUGGUGGCACAACUAAGAAGCAUUCGCUGGAAGGGGAUGAAGGAAGUGACUUUAUAACAAAGAACAGAAAUUUGGUGAGCUCAGCAUUCUGUACACCGGAGUCAAGAGAAGAAAUUCCUGGGCGAGAAACUCGAACUGGUCCCCCUGAUAGCCAGCAGGAUUCAGAAUGCAGCAGGAACAAAGAGAAGACCUUAGGAAAAGAAGUUUUAUUACUGAUGCAAGCGCUAAACACCCUUUCAACCCCAGAGGAGAAGCUGGCAGCUCUCUGUAAGAAAUAUGCUGAUCUUCUGGAGGAGAGCAGGAAUGUUCAGAAGCAAAUGAAGAUUCUGCAGAAGAAGCAAGCCCAGAUCGUGAAAGAGAAAGUUCAUUUGCAGAGUGAACACAGCAAGGCCAUCUUGGCAAGAAGUAAACUGGAGUCUCUUUGCAGGGAACUUCAGCGUCACAAUAAGACCUUAAAGGAAGAAAAUAUGCAGCAAGCACGAGAGGAAGAAGAACGACGCAAAGAAGCAACAGCACAUUUCCAAAUUACUCUAAAUGAGAUCCAAGCCCAGCUGGAACAACAUGACAUACACAAUGCCAAACUCCGACAAGAGAACAUUGAACUGGGAGAGAAGCUGAAGAAGCUCAUUGAGCAGUAUGCACUGAGGGAAGAGCAUAUUGAUAAAGUGUUCAAACAUAAGGAACUGCAACAACAGCUUGUGGAUGCCAAACUUCAGCAAACAACACAGCUGAUAAAAGAAGCUGAUGAAAAGCAUCAGAGAGAAAGAGAGUUUUUAUUAAAAGAAGCAACAGAAUCCAGGCACAAGUAUGAACAAAUGAAACAGCAAGAAGUACAACUAAAACAGCAGCUUUCUCUUUAUAUGGAUAAGUUUGAAGAAUUCCAGACUACUAUGGCAAAAAGCAAUGAACUGUUUACAACCUUCAGGCAGGAAAUGGAAAAGAUGACAAAGAAAAUUAAAAAACUGGAAAAAGAAACAAUAAUAUGGCGCACCAAGUGGGAAAACAAUAACAAAGCACUUUUGCAGAUGGCUGAAGAGAAAACUGUCCGUGAUAAAGAGUACAAAGCCUUUCAAAUAAAACUGGAAAGGUUAGAGAAGCUGUGCAGGGCUCUUCAGAUGGAAAGAAAUGAGCUCAACGAGAAGGUUGAAGUCCUCAAAGAGCGGGUCUCUAGCAAAGUAGCAGAUGGGAACUUGCGGCGGCAGCCCUGUGCUGCCCUGGAUUCCUUCAAGCAGCUAAACACUUCAAGAAGAGCCCUGGGAAUGCACCUGGAUGCCAAGGCCAAGGCCAAGGCCAAGGCCAAGGCAGUGAAUGAGAGAAGAAACGCUGCACAAAAGCCCCAGUCCCCAGGUUCUGCUCAGGGCAUUGAGUCAGUUGACUAGGCUAUGAAGUGUGAUCACUGUAUUGAGAGAUAUAUUUUGUGUAUAACUUCCUCUGUUAGUAGUAACUAUUGGUUUUGUGGUGAAAAUUUUCUUACUUUUUCUACCAUAUCUGUAUUUUCUUAGAACUACUGGACUUAUGUGGUACAGGAGGCUGCUUAGCAGUUUGGAAUAGUUUUAAUCUAUACAUUUCCCUCAAUUGUGUUGCACAUCUGCCUCAUUUUCCCCCUUCAUUGGAGUGCAUGUGUGUUCAUUGCCUUGUCCUUUCCCUUUCCUGCUCCUUGCACAUAACUUUCCUAACUAAAAUGCCACUCAAGACAGAGCCAUUACAAGGGAACUCUGUUCUCCUGAUGGUUCCUUGGUGUGAGAACUAUUAAAGCAUCAAAGAAAAUACUAAGAUGAUUACUUUUGUGUAAUAGCCCGUUUAAAUGCCAAGAAAAAAUAAAACUAUAGUAAUCCCAUCAGAAACAAACAUAGCAUUUUUCCAUUUAAAUUACCUUUCUUGAUUCACUUGAGAGAUUGAGACUACAUCCUUGCCCAGUUCAAAUUCUGGCAAAAUAUAAAGAUGUCACUUGUAAACAAAAUGGUAUGUACAGACAUAGUAUUGGAAAACAGGCUUAACGUUUAAGUGACUAAGAAUAGUCAUACUAUGCUGGUUUCAGGCUAGAACAUACAACAUAAGAAAUUUGGACCUCUCCUGAUGAUCACUGUAGAGGAUGAAGGUGGCUUAUGUUUCCAUCAAUUUGGGUACAUAUUCUCCAUUUCUCACAAAAGCCGAUUGAUUAUUCUUUGAAAACUGCCAUUAAUUGCAUUCCCUUGUGAGUUCAAGACGAGGGCAAAUCAUGUGUCGCUUCUGCCAGGGAAAAGUUCCUCUGCUACCCUCUGGCUAGGUGAAAAUUGGUGUUCCUUUGCUCCACAGGAGUGUCACAGGGCUGUGGAUGUAGUCGAGUGUUAAGCACUGGCCUAGCAUAUAUGAGGCCCUGCGUUACAAGUCUCAUCAGUAAAGAACAACAGUUUUUUUUAUUUCCUGAAAGAGAAUUUAAACUAUGGAUCAGCACUAAACCGAAACAUUCAAGUUCCAAAGUAAAAACACUGGAACCAGCAUUUUUUACCUUGGGAAAGCUUGGCAGAUUGUUUACGUAGUAAAACCUAUAACUUAAUGCUUUUGAGUUUGUUUCUCCUUUGAUACUGCCUUUAAAAAAAAUAAAAACAGUAUUAUUUAGGUCCUCUAGCCUUUGAAUUGGAGAGAUUUUGAAAUUAAGCAUGUAACAUCUGACUUGUUUCUUUGCCUUCUUAAAUGUCAAAUGUGGCUCAGUUAUGCAAACAAGGUCUUUACUACUAUCCCUGGUAUUAUUUGUAUUGAAAUGCUUUAUGAAAUUUUAAAAAACAGGGUCCUAGUAGACCUGAUGCAGCAUUCCACUAAGCAAAACAGUCAGACUGACACUGGACUGAAUAAGCUCCAUUUCUCUUUGUUAAAAGUAAAGUCCUGUCAUAAUUCAUGCUCUAAACUGGGUGGAAAAUUAUCCAAUAGAUAUUAAACAGUACGCAGAGCAGAGGAUUACAUCUUUCCAAACUUUCACCAUCAGUCAUGUUAAUUAAGGGGAUGUUAUCUAAUUACUGUUAAAAUGAGCCAGAAACAAAGAGAAUACCCUCCUCCUUUAGCUACUAAAUACUGGACUCACUUCCCCUGAGAAAAUGAGGGUAGAUAUCAGAAAUAUAAUCUACUUUGAAAUUAGUACUAAUGAUUUCCUAAGUCUACUGGAUACACCGCUCUUAACAUUUUAUCAAGCCAUGUGUGUAGCUCACCACAUUUUUUUGUGGUGCUUGUCCUAUGUGGAAGACUUGUAAAUCUUGGACCUGAUGCCUAUUUUCAAGGGCUUUAUAAAGCAAUGUGAUUAAGAGUACUUGGCCUGCUGCUUUUGGCUUACAUGCAUUUUUAGCUAGAUGUUUGGAGGACAUGGAUUCUGUCUGGGAUGCAGCAUUCAGAAUCUAUCCUCCCAUUACCCUGUGAAUAAAAACAAAUGGGACCUCUAAGGGAACCCUCCCCCAUAAAGUGAUCACCUCACCAGCCCAGUGUUGUGGCUUUGUAGCACGCCCUGUAUCUACCAUAUUCUAGAACACUGUAUUGCUACUAGGCUGGCCCAGAAAAGGUUUAAAUGUUGAGUUCACUUAUAUUGCAUUUGGUGUACCACCAUGCAAUCUUGAUGUUAUUAUUUAUAGUGGCAGUAGACCCCAAAGUGUAGUGAAAACUUGGGUCUUGGCUAUCGGACCAUUUCAUCCUCAGACUUGUAGGAGUACAUUUCUUGGUCUUGAGACCAGUAUUUUUUUAGUUAUGUAUGCAACUGCCUUUAUUACACACCUGGUUAUCACAAUUCAAUUCUCAGGUGUUGCAGAAAAAUCUACCUCUUUCAGACUGUAGAUGGAAAUAACUGUGAAAAAAAAAUGCAGAUAUCUUCUAGUUUGUGCUAAACACACUGCUUUAUUUUUACAGCCCACGUCUUUCAUGAGGAUAUGAAUUGUUAAGAGGCAGUUUUGUUUUGCUUUUCAAAGACAUUUUGUAGAGAUUUUUCACUAAUGUGAAUCUGAUUUUAUCUACUCGAUUCUGUAUAGAUUAAGUAAAUAUGUAUGAUGAAUUUAACUGUGUCUGUGUAUUCUUUUGUUGGCAAGAUGGCUUUAAUUGUGUACCAAUCUGAAGGAACAAUUUUACCUAUUUCUACCCAAGAAAGGAGAUAUGGGCAUGCACGCACACACAUCCACCCUUCCCCAGCUUCUAAAAGAACAGAACAACUUUUAUUUUAAAACUUUAUUUCUGCAAAGCCAAUCAAGAAGUGUUGGAAGGAAAAAGUGUAAAAGUUAUCCUUGCAUAUUUGGGAACUUGAGCAAGCACUUAAGUUUUCAAAA